AUGCAGGCUGUUAGUCACUGCGAAGGUGUUUCCGCCAGCAGAAUUUAUCCUAAAGAACAUGACAAAAACAGAAAUGCACAAAGCAAGAUUAUGAAUAAAUCUUCCAAGGAUCAAGUAUUCAAACUCAAUGAAUCCUAUAUGUCUACAAAUGAGCUAGUAAACAAAAAAAAAAAAUCACAUGUUCUAAAUGUGAGAAAUGUUUUACCCAUCACUCAGCUCUUAUCUUUUCAUCACAUAACUCACACAAAAGAGAAGCCGUUCUCCUGUUCUGAAUGUGGGAACUGUUUUGGUACUAAAUCAGACCUUAUGGCACAUCAGAGAACUCACACAGGAGAGAAGCCGUUCUCCUGUUCUGAAUGUGGGAAAUGUUUAGGAACUAAAUCAGAACGUAUGGCACAUCAGAGCACUCACACAGGAGAGAAGCCGUUCUCAUGUUCUGAAUGUGGGAAAUGUUUUGGAACUAAAUCAGAACGUAUGGUACAUCAUAGAACUCACACAGGAGAGAAGCCGUUCUCCUGUUCUGAAUGUGGGAAAUGUUUAGGAACUAAAUCAGAACGUAUGGCACAUCAGAGCACUCACACAGGAGAGAAGCCGUUCUCAUGUUCUGAAUGUGGGAAAUGUUUUGGAACUAAAUCAGAACGUAUGGUACAUCAUAGAACUCACACAGGAGAGAAGCCGUUCUCAUGUUCUGAAUGUGGGAAAUGUUUUGGAACUAAAUCAGAACGUAUGGUACAUCAUAGAACUCACACAGGAGAGAAGCCGUUCUCCUGUUCUGAAUGUGGGAAAUGUUUAGGAACUAAAUCAGAACGUAUGGCACAUCAGAGCACUCACACAGGAGAGAAGCCGUUCUCAUGUUCUGAAUGUGGGAAAUGUUUUGGAACUAAAUCAGAACGUAUGGUACAUCAUAGAACUCACACAGGAGAGAAGCCGUUCUCAUGUUCUGAAUGUGGGAAAUGUUUUAGCCAGCAUUCACACCUUUUCAGACAUAAGAGAACUCACACAGGAGAGAAGCCAUUCUCAUGUUCUGAAUGUGUGAAAAGUUUUGCCUGUAAAUCAAACCUUAUGGCACAUCAGAAAACUCACACAGGAGAGAAGCUGUUCUCCUGUUCUGAAUGUGGGAAAUGUUUUGUAACUAAAUCAGAACUUAUGGCACAUCAGAGAACUCACACAGGAGAGAAGCCGUUCUCCUGUUCCAAAUGUGGGAAAUGUUUUAGAGCUUAUUCAAACCUUUUUUCACAUCUGAAAAUUCACACAGGAGAGAAGCCGUUCUCAUGUUCUGAAUGUGGGAAAUGUUUUAGCCAUCAUCCAUACCUUGCUGUACAUCAGAGAACUCACACAGGAGAGAAGCCUUUCUCAUGUUCUGAAUGUGUGAAAUGUUUUGGAACUAAAUCAAACCUUUUGUCACAUCUGAAAACUCACACAGGAGAGAAGCUGUUCUCCUGUUCUGAAUGUGGGAAAUUUUUUACCCAGCAUUCAUACCUUGUUGUACAUCAGAGAACUCACACAGGAGAGAAGCCGUUCUCAUGUUCUGAAUGUGGGAAAUGUUUUACCCAGCAAUCAAACCUUGUUGUACAUCAUAGAACUCACACAGAAGAGAAGCUGUUCUCCUGUUCUGAAUGUGGGAAAUGUUUUGUCGAUAGUUCAAAGCUUGUUAGACAUAAGAGAACUCACACAAAAUAGGAAUUUUCUGAUGUUCUGAAGUUGUAAAAUGUUAUAGUUACAUACUGAUUUUAAAAAGAAGUAAAUUUUUUUUGAAAUGCAUAGGUAGUCAAACAAGAUUACAAUGACAGUUUUGCAAAUAUAGGCUUGUCAAUAAACGAAACAGAAGUAGUAGAAAACGUCAUAAGAAGCGCUGCAAUUUUUUUGUGUGUAGAGAUAACAAAGACACCAGUAUUCAAUGAUAUGGGUAUGUUACUAGCAAAGAUAUUGCAGUAGAGUCAAUAAUGCUAGGCUAGCUCGCUCAACCCAUGGCAAAUAGAAACAAGAGUAGGGGCCCAGUGUAGGCACAAAGGAAUAAGAAGCAAAAGAUAAUAAGGUAUUGAAAUAUAUAUAACAUCAAAUUAAAUUCCAACGUACUGCAGAAUUGCUC